AUGAGAGCUUUAGGAAGGCAGUUUCAAAGUAUUUUUAUUACACAAUUUAAAUGUGAUUCUUUAGGGUUCACUACCUUAUACGGAAUCACUGAAAGAGAUUUAUGAGGUUUUGACGAUCGUAGAACAAAAGGAAACUAUCCACUAGUUAUUAGUGGUUCAAAUAGAACUCUGAUUUUGACAGAAGGAAAUUUAACUUCAAAAGGUCGUGAAAUGAGACAAUUUAUUGUUGUUCAGAGCUGAGACUGCUUUAGUCUAUGACAAAAAUAA